GUCCGUGCGUCCUUUGAACCGCCGCUUCUGGAUCCGUAUAGCAUGGGGAGUUGUUACGAAGUGAUCGUUUAUACAUAUGUACAGCACCGAUGGCUCUCUUUGACGAGUUGCUGUUUUGCUCCAUCCCACCAAGCUGAGCUCCAUACAGUAGAACCCCUGACUGAGCAUGAUGAAACCGAUCGCCAAUACCCCAAGGACACUGACUACUGCUCGAACAUUAUCGCAAUAUCCAAAUGAAAGCCACCGAAAACCUGGACUGUCGCGGCUAGCGAGACCUCAGCAUGAACCAGGUGUCCAAGUUAUAAUGCUCAGAAGAAUGAUGUACAUGCCAUUCAGCGACUCUAUUCUUGACUACUUGGUGCAGAAGACGUAUAACGCAAUACCCCGAAACGCUCGGCUGAAUACAUCAGUCCAACCAAUAGGCUCAGCCACGCCGCCGCCACUACGCAACUUUAUUUCUCACCUGUCUCGGGAAGUAAACGUCCCCAUCCUCACGUGGAUAGCGACGACGGUAUAUCUAGACCGUCUAAAGCCCAAGCUCGGGUCUACUAGGGAAAUGCUUAGAUGUACUGCACACCGGAUUUUCCUUGCAAGUCUGAUCAUCACUGCGAAAUAUCUAGAUGAUGACUAUCGAAUAAACAAAGACUGGGAGAAGCACAGCUAUAUGCGGUUCAAUCACCGCCUUUCUUGGUUCACAUUAGGAGAUAUCAAUUGAUGGAAUUGGAGGUGUUGUCAUUGUUGGACUGGAACCUUACUAUUUCUGCACUUGAGGUUUACCGAAGGUCGGAGACGUUUUUUAAUAGUCGUCAUACCAUCAUGAGUGAAAACAUCUAGGGAGGUGUGAAGGGACAUGGCUAGAUAAGUAGUCGUUACGACAGUGAAGAAUACCCAAA